AUGAAGUGUAGAGAGGCGCUGCUCCUCUUCUCUAUUCUUUUUCUAUACCCAACUACCAACGCCGCACAGCUCGCUGUUCAAUGCAAAGGGAGCAAAACAGCACACCCUCUUCUUCUAAAUGAUAUAUGUUUAUCAAACAUCGGAGCAAACAAACAGUUGAAAAGCAGAGAAAACGGCUUUGGGUUCAUCGCUUCGCCUCGUGCACUCACCAUCAUCCCUUUCUCUAGAAAAGAGGCAGCUCAAGCAGCAACAACAGCAGCAGCAACAGCAGCAGCAGCAACAGCAGCAGCAGCAGCAGCAACAACAACAGCAGCGCAACCUUCAAAUGCAACCCCGCGAACGGCACUAAGACGAAAGCGUAUAUCAACUCGGCUGCAGACAGAAAAAAAAGCAGAGAGAAGAACAAACAAGGAAGAUUAUAAUUCGCUCACUUCAGGCGUUGGUAUACCAUCUGCUGCUUCUGCUGCAACAGCUGCUGCUGCAUCCCUGGCUGCAGCAGAUGCUGUAGGUGCUGCUACAGACCCUUCUCCUGCUGCUGGUGCAGCUCCUGCUGCUGCUGCAGCAGGUGCAGCUGCUGAUGAUGAAGGCGCCUUAUCUGAUUUUCCCAUUACCCGUCUGCGUACUGCAUGCAGAAAGCUGCAACUGUCUAGUAAGGGGAAGCGAGAGGAGUUGCUGCAGCGGCUGCAUGCAGCAGCUGCUGCAGAGAAGAUAUUGUCUCUUGUUCAGGAGGCUGAAACUGCUUUAGAUCUUCAGCAAACUCUCCAAAUAACAAAGGAAACAGCAGAAAAUGAUAUUCCCCUUAAAUCGAAUACGAAGCUAAACCCAAACAAAUGCCACAAAUGCAGCCGUCGAUUGUCUGCCAAAGCACGUUUCUGUUCCGCAUGCGGCGCGACCAUCAACACUGUAGGGCAGGAGACGCUGAAGGAGUUUGUUGAGAAAUCUUUCUUGCCAGUUAGAGAACAAGAAGUGGGAAGCAACACUAUGCGAGUUGAACGCGGCUUCUGGCAGUCUAUUUUACAGGUUAUAGGAGAUGUGCCGGUGGCAAAUCUUUCCUCUGCUGUUUGGGAGAAGUACUUAGGUGUGCUUAAGCGACGCAACUGUUCUCCGCGGACUCAGGUGCUGCAUCAGGUCGCUUAUUUGGCUGCAUUGAAAUAUGCAGUGCACACCAGACGUCUAGAAGGAAUUCAUCCCUUUCGCAAGAUAAGAGGGUGUACCAAACGAACUCUCGUGUCUGUGCCUUUGACAGCUGAAGAGGUAUAUCUGCUUCUAGCCGCUACUCCGAACACCAUGCACUGCGCUUUAUUUGCGGUGGGGAUUGGGGCGGGUCUCCGGCCUUCUGAGAUUUUGUCUAUGAGAUGGGAAGAUGUAAACAUGGAGGAAAUGACGGCAACGAUUCGUGGCUCAAAGACAGCAGCAUCAGCAGCCGUCAUUCCUCUUACGAAUCUCGCAGCGAGAGAGCUGAUGCGCUGGUGGGAAGAAGAGGGCAAGCCAACAAGCGGGUUGUGUUUCUACGCGGAGGGAAUUCGCACGGCUAGCAACAGGGCGAAGUUGGAGAAGAAAACGCCCAUCCGAUCAUUCAAGAAAGCUCUACUGGCUGCGGCACAGCGAGCAGGCAUUGACGAACUACGUUGUGGGGAACCGCGUCGGAUUUUUCCUUACAUACUGAGACUAGUAGAACUGCACUCCGACAAAAACGUGCUGUAUGCUCAUGAAUGCUCCAAGAGUGCAGUCUGA